CGUUCUCCUCUCGAGGAGGGAGUGAGAAACUUUACAGCACGCUACAAAUACUCCGUGGCAGAAUUCUCCUUUUGUUGAAUGCGCCCUUCAGACUGAUUUAGCUAGGGCUACUCGUGUUUGUCAAAGUGAACCGCUUGCUUCAUUAUUAAACACACGUAAACAGACUUAACUUUGUAACUUGGAAACUCGUGAGGACAAACUAAGCUCCAACCUCCAACCGUUACUUUAGUUGCUCGUCGGCUAGAGUAGUCGACCCAGUUUCUUCUACUUUUUCCAACAAAACAAAGAAGAAAGCUUCAGGGAAGGCAAGGUUUGAUCUCUUAUAUCACAGCCUAUGCAGUUGGGAACACUUUCUAUGAGUUGUGCAGUAAAGUAGCUUAACCUAGCGGAAAUUAACGUAUCCAUCCAUACACAAGAGUCUCGCGCAGCUUCCUGUACUAGCACCUGCAGAGAUGACACGAAGGUCCUGCGCGAUUUAUGCGGUAGGGAUCAUCUGCGCUUCCCUGCUGUUUGUCGGGAUUGGUUUAGUUGUGUCUCAAGUUUUCCGCACGUUGAUGCACAACCGCCUCAAAAAGGAGAUCGUUUUGGUAGAGGGCAGCCGUGUGUUUGAGUCAUGGAAAACCCCUCCACCUCCUGUCUACAUGGAGUAUUUUUUCUUCACUGUGACCAAUGUGGAUGCCUUCCUUGAAGGGGCCAAGCCAGAGGUCAAGCAGGUUGGACCCUACACGUAUAGGGAGUACAGGUAUAAGGACAAUGUAAGCAUGGUGGACAGUAAAAGGAUGGUGUCCGCAUACAACAUCAAAAGUUUUGUGUUCCUGAGAGAGAAGUCUGUGGGUGACCCAGCUGUGGAUAAGAUCACCACUGUCAACAUCCCUGUUUGGGCUGUAAUGAACAAGGUGACAGGGAGUUUCUGGAAGUCCUCCAUGGCGUCCAUGAUGAUGACCUCUACCAAGAGCGGUUUCUUCACUACUCGCACUGUGGAUGAACUGCUGUGGGGAUACGAAGAUCCCUUGCUGGCCCGCAUCGCUACCAGCAGUCCUGAGGUGGAGAAGGUCUUUGGCCUCAUGUACAAGAAAAAUGGAACUAAUAACGGGGAAUUCAUCUACCACACUGGGGUGCAGAACUACAUGGAUUAUGGCCGCGUUGAAACAUGGCAAGGCCAAAGCCAGCUGACCUUCUGGGCGUCUAACCAAAGCAACAGCAUUAAUGGAUCAGAUGGAAGUGCUUUCCAUCCCCUGCUGAACAAGAACGAACGCAUUUACAUCUUCACUCCAGACCUCUGCAGGUCGAUCCACAUGGAAUUUGAGAAGGAUGUAGAGGUGAAAGGAAUCCCAGCCUACCGUUUCACACCGCCACGCUCUGUUUUUGCCAGCAAAGAGGAGAACCCAGCCAAUGAGGGUUUCUGCGUCACCCCAAAAGAGUGCCUGGGAACUGGCCUUCUUAAAGUCAGUCCUUGUCGGAACGGUGCCCCAGUGGUUGCUUCCUUUCCUCAUUUUUACCUGGGAGAUGCUAAAUAUGUGGCUGCCAUUAAAGGAAUGUCCCCUCAAAGACAGCAUCACCAAACCUUCCUAGACCUUAACCCGACCACUGGAGUGAUUGUUCGUGCAAACAAGAGAGCACAGAUAAACAUCUUGCUCAGCAGAAUCCCUGGAUUCCCGAAAACUAGAACGCUUAAUGAGACAAUCUUUCCCGUCAUGUUCCUCAAUGAGAGUGUGGUGAUUGAUGAUGCGUCUGCGGCGAGAGUACACAAGCUGCUGCUGAUUGUCACUGUAGUGUCCAACUUCCCGCUCAUUAUUGUGGGACUGGGUGCCAUACUGCUCGCAGUCCUCAUCUUCCUUCUAGUCCGGGCCCGCAAACAGAAGAAGGAAGUUAAGCGCACUGUGUUUACCAAGGCUCUUUAUGCUACCUCCACUGAAGAGGACACUUCUUACUCUCCAGUCAGUGACAAGGAAAAGGAAGAUCCUCAAAAUGGAACCUAUAUCGGUCUGACACGUAAAGAUGACCCAUAAGCUUGAGGAGGGGGAGAAUGAUCAGAAGGGCUCUUUGUACAUCGACAACCCUCAGAAAUACAAAUAGGGAUUUGGGUUUUCAGGAGAGAGAUUAUUGUCAAAAUCUCCUUUAUGAUUGGAAAUCUUUGGGGUGGGGGGUUGAGAGCUAGAGGAGGAAAACAUGUUUUUAGUUUCAAACAUACUGUCCUGUAUGUAUUCAUUUUAGCCAUGCAGAGAUACCCAAAGUCCAGGUCUAGCACAAUAUAUUCCCAGAAAAAGUUUGACAUUCAUUCAAAAACACUGUCGAGGGUUGCUUUUUGCUGUUUGGUUAAAUCAGUUGCUGAAAGCUGCAGUUCUCAAAUGAGUGAAAAUGGAGAGCCUACUUAGUGGUGAUACAAAACAAACAAACCCACCCCUGUGGGAUCAUUUUCAUUUUAGUGCUGUGGCCUCACCUUAUUUUCUGUUUACCUCGAUUGUGCCUUCAGAUUUUACUGACUGAUUACUAUGUUACAGGGCAUAGAGGGUAAUUUGGGAUCAGGGUAAUGAAGUCCAUAAAUUGUGAGAUUUUUAGAUAUCAUACGUCACUCUCAGGGGUCCUCUGCUUAGAUACAAUCAAUCACUAUUAAAGAUAGGGAGAGAAGCAAAGCAUACUGCAAGGCUUCUCUUUGUGCAGCAAUUUAAUCAAUUCAGUAUUACUGUUUCAUUUGCAUUUCGUCCUAAACCAAAUGUUACAAAACAUUGCCAUUGCUCAUUAGUGUUUUCUAUUCAUGCACUGUAUUUAGAGGGAUAUCUGUAAACAUUGUUAGCACCGCAAUUGAGAAACCUUCAGAGUAUAUUUUUGUAUAUAUACAGUGUAAGGUGUGUUGAACUGUUUACAUUCCUCUCAUUGUAUGAUUGGAAUGAACAUCAGACAAAACGCUGUAUAUUUUGGAUAUUUUAAUUUUUGGUAAAAAAUAAAUCCUUUUUGUUUUUUGUAAAUGUAGAAAUGUUUGAAUGAGGAACAUGCUAAGUUAAAGCUUCACAGUUGUCUUCUAGUAGUAUAAUGAUCGACACCUUUAUCAGCCAUCUAAAGGCCUGAAUAUGACAGGAUUUUGUGGUUGAAAUAAUGAUUCAUACACUACAGAAUAUGUGUACAGUAUUUUUGACCUACAUAACUCCUCACGUAAUGUUAAGCGCCAUUUAAACAAUAGAAUUCAGCUUAUUAUCAUUUCAAAAUGUGCUUUGUUGAAGGCCUUAUUUAGAUAUUGUUGGUGCUGUAUAUGACACCAAACAAACCUUCUUUUCUUUAAUGUUUGUGAAAGACUUCAUGUCAGGUGUUAAGCCAUUGCAACUAAAAACUCAUGAAGGUUCAAUAUGAAGAAACACUAUAGUUGUUUAAAAGAAUCUAUGUUACUCAAUUUAUUUUGCCUUUUAUAGUUCUCACAUAUUUUGUGAAAAGAACGUCAUGUCAAACCAACACAUCUACUCUUGCGUAUAUAUAUCGUUUUCUUCCAGAUACCAAACAAAAAUAAGCAUGAAACUGCUAUGAGUUUCUAUAGUUGGCGGCAGGGUCAAACAGCACUUUGAAAACACUUUGCUUUAAUGAUAGAUUGUUGUGCAGAGCCACAGCUUUCUCACUCGAGGCUGGUGAAAACAAUUGACUUCAGGUGCCAUUUAAUGUAAUAUAGAAAAUGCUGCAGAAUUACUACUUAUGAACUGCGUUGAGCCCAGCUUUUAUUUCUGUGCUUAUUCUUAGCUGUAACAGCUAAGGAUGAAUGAGUUCCUUCAUACCACCUCGUCAUUACAUGCACUGCAAUAAUCAACAUUAAAUAUAUCAGACGAUAGCAGAGAAGCUGUAACAAUUUUCAUUUAUGGAUUUCUGCUUCCUCAUUUGAUUUUACUAUUUGUGUUUGAUGUAUACUUUAAUCAGUUAUGUACAAUAAGAAAAUUGAAGAAAUUCAUGAGAGUUAAUAAUGUAUCAUAAUUUCAUUAGAAGGGGAAUGAAUGGAUAAAGCAAGCUUUUUUACACAAAAAACAGUAUUACACAAUACUAGUGUUGUGGUUAAAAAGGAUAAAUUAUUUUGUUGAGUUGGUAAAUCCAAAACACAGAAAGAACCACCAUACUAGGCUACUUUGUGCCAUACUUUGAUAACAGAUUGUAUUUUCUGAAAUUAUCGUUACUGCUAUAACCACUUGUUCUUAUUGUCAGCUUGUUUUGAAACGCUGACCGUUAAUACUGUGUACACAAAAAUAAAAGUAGUUUCAGUAAA